CCCAAAGCGGAGAGAAGUGCGGGCAGAGUUCAAUCUCCAGAUUAUCAAAGCACGAUUUCAGCUGUUUUCGCAGGUUUUUGAUGCUCUCGCGUCAAUUGGGGAUCAUAUUGGAACAGUUUGAUAUCAGAAUGGCUAAAUGCCACUCACAAUACAUCUGACUGACAUCUAGAAGUUUCCCAGGAGCCUCUGAGAGAGACAUGGAUGCUUUGGAGGGAAUUCACAGCGUCCGGAUUUCUUCUUCUCCCCCGUCUUCUACGACAGCCGCUCCAGGAUAUGAAGUCCUCAGAGCAGGGAGAUCUGGAAUAGCGGUGUAUUCCUCUGCGGUGUUCUUCGGGACACCCGAUACCCUCGGAAAGCCAGCCGACACAAACCAGUCCAGCAGGCAAACUGAGGAGGAAGGCUGCAUUGUUGGACGGUUGGUAGAUCUGGAUCCAGAGCCCAAGUCCAGACUGGAGGGAGGAGGCAAGGCUGGGCCCCCCUCCGGCAGGGACCAUGGCGACCUCUCCCGGCUUCGCAGCCUCUCGCUGGAGAUCAAAGAAAAAGAAAUUAGAGAAAAGGGCUCGGAGAUCCUCAAGGAACAGCUGGAUGCUGCGAAGAAGGAACUGAAAUUGAAGGACAGGGAGUGUGAGCGUCUGUCGCAGGUCAGGACUCAGCUGGAGCAGGAGCUGGAGGAGCUGACUGCCAGCCUGUUUGAAGAAGCUCACAAGAUGGUGCACGACGCAAACGUCAAACAAGCCGCAGCGGAGAAGCAGCUGAAGGAGGCUCGGGGAAAGAUUGACGUUCUGCAAGCCGAAGUGACAGCGCUCAAGACUCUGGUGCUGACUUCGACGCCUUCUUCGCCAAACCGCCAGCUGCAUCCACAGCUGCAGCCGUCGGGCACCAGGGGGGCGUACAAACACGUCGGAGGACACGUCCGCAACAAGAGUGCAAGCGGUGCCUUUCCAGCUUUACCUGGACAACCAGAAGCUUCUUCGGUUUGCAUUCCGCCUGCGGCCAAAGAGGACAGAGAGCCUGCUGUUCCUGCUCUCCUCUCUCUGAUACUCUGCCUUGUUCCUGGACGAUCUGUCACUGUGACCUUUGACCCUUACUGGCAGGGGCAGUGUAAUGACAGCAGACAGCUGGACUCUGUUCUGUAUGCAGAGUUUUUGCUGUGGAAGGAGAAUCCAAGUGUAGAGCGCUCCUCCGCCUUCUUGAGUCGCAUCCACAGAGAAGACAUUGGGCCCUGCCUCUCCUUCACCAGAUCUGAGCUUUCGCAGCUGGUGCAGAGUGCGGUGGAAAACAACUCUUUGACCAUCGAGCCUGUGGCCAUGUCGGCGGUACCGAUGGUCAAAGCCUCCGCUAUAGAGUGCGGGGGCCCGAAUGGCUUUAGGGCAGCAAUAGAGACAAAAUGUGCAUUAAGCGGCAUGUCGCGCCUCUGCAGACAUCGCAUUAAACUUGGCGACAAGGGGAGCUACUAUUACAUCUCUCCUUCCAGCCGAGCACGGAUCACCGCUGUUUGCAAUUUUUUUACUUAUAUCCGCUACAUCCAGCAGGGCCUGGUGAGACACGAUGCGGAGCAGAUGUUCUGGGAGGUGACGCGUCUCCGCAGGGAGAUGACUGUGGCCAAGCUAGGUUUCUACCUCACGGACCUGGGCUAGACGGCCCAAAGGACCGCACAAUCCCAGGACCUUGAUUAUUCAAGGUCAGGGCUCAACUGUGGUGACCAACUGUUGUUUGAUCAGUUCUUGUAGCUGGAGUUGUACAGAAUUAGUGUUGCAGCAGAAGUUGAUCAACAAGGGAAGUAGAAAACGUUCAUGUGCCACUUGACGAGUUAAACCAGCACCGCUAGAAAGAAGUAAAACAUAACAUGACUUUAAUCACUCUGGUAUUCCCGGUAAUGUCAAAUACAUUUUCUGUUACACUGCAGGCAUCCAGAAACUGAGAAUUGUUACUUUCUCUGAACGUCCCCAGCGGAGUGCAAAUAGACAAUGUUUCAAGCUCAAGCCGUUACUCUGUUGAAAAGAUGAGCACAAACAAGGAGAGCCGUGCAGAGGGUUAGUUGGUCUCUUACCUCAAGUAUCACAUACUUGUAUAACCAUGUAAUAUAAUCAUUUUCCGGGGAGAUUGACAAUAUUUAUGGUCUUUCCGCAGAACAAUUUGGGUUGUUUUCUUUAUUUUGACAUAAAUAGAAUGCUCACUGGCAUCUCCUGAUGACGGUCAAACACCACAGGCUUUUGGUCCGAAUGCUGUUGCUGCACUACUUGUUCUAGAUGCCUUGUAAUAACACGCGUGUGACCUAAACUUCUUAAUCAAAAAUAGUGUAAAUGACUUGAAUGACAUCUGCACGCUCAAAAGAGUUUUACAAUAUAUUCAGAAAAUAAAUGUGCUUCAAUAGGUCAUUACAAUAUGCACAACCUUUGCAAUGAGGAGUAUGUACAUAUAAAAGCCAUGUGACUUUGCAUGGAUGAAUUACAUAUUACACGGUGUAUAUUGUUUACACGUCGUAGUAUAGAUUUGUUAAUGUCCAAUGCAGAAAACGAGCCAAUAAUGUUCAAAAUGAUAUGUUGUCAAAAUGCAAUAACUGCUUCUUCGCCUUCUGUAGGGCUUUAAUGGUCCCAAACCUCAGUGUACUGAUGAUUACAACACUCCAUUAAAGACAACGCAUCGCAGCCUCACAACA